AAGCAUCGGUACGUGCAGCACGGGCACCUCUACAUAGCCAGCCCUGGCCAUGGCGCCCUCCCCUCAGCUCCUCGCCUUGGCGGUCCUCCUUCUGUCUGCAUUCACGUCAGUUUGGGCCCAGCCUUCACCGCAAGUUCAGAAGGGAAUCAGCCAAGCGAUCAAGAAUGCUGCGAAUGCGACUGGCAAUAUUGAUUACACUCAAUUUGUAAAUGUCUUUAUUGGCACAGACAAUGACGGCGACGUAUGUCCUGGGGCUUCGAUUCCAUUUGGCAUGGUCAAGUUCACCACUGAUCUGACCGGUUAUGCCCCCGCCGGCUAUAUCACGGACAACACUCAAACCGUUCGAGGGAUGAGCCCGCUCCAUGACAGCGGCACCGGUUCCAGCUCGGGAUCUUAUGGCAAUUUCGAGGUCAUGCCUCUAACGUGCCCGGGCGGUUUCGACACUUGUACUACGUCGCUUGAGGCGCGCGAACGGUUCCGCAAGAACAACACUGAUGAUGCUUCACCGGGCUAUUUUGCUCUCACGCUGGAUAAUGAUAUUAAGCUGGAGGCGACAUCCACCCGCCGUGCAGGCCUGGAGCGCUUCACGUACCCGAAGAACUCGAAGCCGUACCUCGUCCUCGACUUGGCUAACGACCUGCCUGCUUCAUUCGCAGGAGGGACAAUGAACAUCGACCCGGAGCAAGGUAGGAUUAUCAUGGGGGGCCUGUGGGGCUCUAGCUUCGGUCCCGGGGAGUUCAACUACGAAGCCUUCGCGUGCUUUGACCUAUUGAAUGGAGGGAACCAGACUCUCGACGAAUACGGUGUCUGGACAGCCGACACGAACGGCCUCGAUGCUAAGGGCCUUGGCCUUACGCAGCUCAACUUCACGCGCAACCUCAUCGGGGGCGUGUACCAGUCCGGCGCGCUGGUGUCCUUCCAGGGCACGCCUGAGACUAUUACAAUCCGCGUCGGGGUAUCGUUCGUGUCCGCGGACCAGGCGUGCGCAAACGCUGAGAGCGAGGUCGGCGACUCGUCCUUUGAAGAUAUCGUAGCACAGUCGGUCGCACUGUGGAACGAGAAAUUGAGCAAGAUCGAGAUCGACCUAGCACACACGCCGCCGAACGUGACUGAGAUGUUCUAUUCAUCACUAUACCGCGCGUUCCUGACUCCGAAUAAUGCCACAGGCGAAACGCAAGGUCCUUUUGCAGGCACAACACACCACUACUUCGACUCCCUGUACUGCAGCUGGGAUACCUUCCGUACUUUCUACCCCCUCAUGGCUCUGACUUCACCAGUCGAGUUCUCUCAGAUAGUCGACAACUACCUCGACGCCUGGAGAGUGCUUGGCUGGAUGCCAGAAUGUAGAGCCAACCACCUGCCCGGAUGGACCCAAGGAGGAUCAAGCGGUGAUGUCAUCGUCGGACACUUCGCCAUGACGUAUCACGACGAGGCUGCAGCCCUCGGUAUCAACCUGAACGACAUUUACUCGGCCCAGCUCGCCGACGCGCAGCUUACCCCACCAAACUGGGACAUUGAGGGGCGCGAAGCCGGUGCAUAUAUCAAAUACGGCUAUGUACCUGCCUCGGUACUUGAGACGGACAGCGUCGGGCGGCAGACCAGAGAAGGAAGCAGAACCCUCGAGUAUGCAUUUGAAGACUUUGCUAUCCGAAAUGUUGCAUUGCUCUUGAACAAGACAGAGGAUUUCGAGACAUUCAACAACCGUUCGCAAAGCUACCGCAGCGUUUGGGACAGCAACGUGAAGAGCGACAGCUUCGCGGGUUUCAUGCAGAAGCGUUUCCCGAACGGCACUUUCCUCUAUACAAACCCCGUUGAUUGCAGUCCAAUCGACAACAGUAGCAGGAGUUGCUCGCUCCAGGACGAUAAUACUGUAGGAUUCUAUGAGUCGUCUUCGUGGGAAUAUAGCUGGUUCGUCCCGCACGAUACAGCUCACCUCAUCGAGCUCAUGGGUGGAAAUGAAACCUUCGUCAACCGGCUGGACCACUUCUUCGAGAAGGGCUACUAUUACGCCGGUAACGAGCCGUCCUUCCAGACACCUAUCGGUUACCACUACGCCAACCACCCGACACAGUCUGUUGACCGAGUGAGGGAUGUUGUGUUCACCAAUUUUGAUAUCACUCCCGCCGGCAUCCCCGGAAAUGACGACCAAGCAGCAAUGGCUACACUGUUAGCUUUCCAUCUCCUUGGCUUGUACCCGGUUCCCGGCUCGACUGAGCUCCUCGUCGUCUCCCCCUUCAUCCCGCAAUACACAGUGCACAAUAGCUACCUCAACGUAAGCACGACGGUGACGACCAAGGGCUUCGACGCACGCUCGGUGCAGCAGACGAUACCCAAGGGCGCGGCCGCGUAUGUCGCGAACGUCACUAUCAACAACCAACUACUUGCGUCACGGUGCCACUUGGACUUCUACGACAUAUUCAAGACGGGCGGGGACAUCGUCAUCGAGGUCACGGCUGAUAAGAAUUCCGUGGAUAACUGCGGAGCGUCCCUGCCAAUGUCGGUCUCUACGGGAGGUUUCAAUGUUGCUAGAUAACUGUAUAGACGCGCAUAAGAUCACGGUAUAGUGUAAAGCACAGACAACAACAUGGCGAUAGCAACUAAGAAAUGUGAAGUACAUUUGAAUCUAUAAAUAUAGUGAGACGACCGGAAAUGAUAGCACUUCGGGUCAUGGAGGAGGAGGAGGCAUUUUGAUUACAAGUACGCCAGCAUUCUUAGGGUCCUCCGUGGCUGGAAUUUGAUACUUCUUCAUUUCGUCGAUGACAGCCUUCUUCAACACAGGAAGGCUGUUCUUAGAGUGCAACCCUUUGCCAACAAUGACACGCAGUUCAGGUGCGCCCUGGAUCAUGGCAUAUCGCAGGCCCUUCUUGACAUGAGAGAUGGCCUCAGGAGACGUGAGACGAUGAACAUCCACUUCGUGCGCGCUCCGCUCGAGGUUGUGGGCGUGGAAAUACCUUCGCGCAGCUCUCGCAUGCAAUGUAUCGACCUGCGCUUGCGCAUCUUCGAGUUCAAUCUCCAGACGCAGCGCGUCGAAAAAACGUCCCUGUCUCUCCGCCUUCCUCCACUCUUGCCGAAUCCUGUCCCGCUCCUUCUCCUGCUCCCGGGCCUUCUUGCGGAUGUCGUCUGCCUUCGCGAUGAUGGCCUGCUUCUCAGCGCCGGAAAUAACACUCUCUUGGUCCGCGAGAGACAUGUCGUCGGGAACAGAAACAGGGGCCUCCUUGAUAGCUUCCUCGAAGGGCGGCGGUGGAUCAGAGUUCCUGACCGGCGCAUUGUUUUCAUCAGGCGUGGGUAUGUUGGGUAUUUCAGAGACACGAAGAGGCUGCGCCUCGGGCAUUGUGACGGGCUCGGGCAUUGCGACUGUCGGAGGAGAGUCGGCUAGAGUGAGUCUCAUGGGCCCAGCCAGCCUGUCGGGAUACGGCAGUGCGGGCACCACAGUUGGUGGCAGCCCGGAUGUCUGCACCUGAAGAGGGGAACGAACGUGUUCCGGUGUCGUGAGACCAGAGUGAACCCUUGGUUGGUCAUCGUCCACUGCACCUGCGAGGGCAGCAUGGUUGCUCGUAGGAGUUGUAAGCCCGGAGUUAGCUGCUGGACGUUCGUCCACCGGGAGGUCGACCACGUCAUCAGGUAUUGUUGGGUAGCUGGCUCCAGUUAGAGGUCGGGAGGGCGACCUCUCUAUCGGUGCAAAGAUAUUAUUUGUGUCGGAUAUUGCAGGGAGGGUAAUAUAAUCAAGCUCAGAGGGUGUGCGCGGUUGUGGCCGACCAAACUCUGCUAGGAAGUCGCGUCCGUGCUCAGGUCUUGGGGAAACGGCGUCGGAUGGAGAAGGCGAAUGAGCUGUGGCAGAAGAGCGUGUGAUCUCUGACCAUUGGUCGUACUGGCCAGGUACAGGAGUUGUUGUGCGACGCACAGGUACCCCGGGGGAAGAGAUACUGGCUGUCGUAUUGUCGAGGUCAGAAACGGACGCCUCAGGGUUCUCAUAGAAGCGUACACGCUGCGGAAGUGAACGGCUGCGGUGGUCCAAGGAGGAGACAGGCAGGUUUUGUUGUGUCUUCUUCCAGAGACGGCGAAAACGGUAGUCCGUGGAGAGUUGCACGCCGACGUCUGCCAGCAGCAUCCCCAAACCUGUCCAUAAGAGAACGAUCAUCAAGCGAGACGAAGAUUCAGUGAAGAGGAAGUCCACAAAGAGUCUAAAUCCGAGAGCCAAGUACGGCUCGAUGGAUGAGGGGAACUUUGCAAGGAAGUGAUUGAGGACGAUGCCCUCCCAGAGUCCGACGAGAACAGAAGCGGUGUAACUGCGACCAGCAACGGUGUCAAUAAGUGCGCGCAGACCAAGGCCUGCGCCAAUAGCGGCGAGGUUCUCCAUCUUCACGCAUGCAAGUCUUC